GGACAACAAAUGCUCUAUUCGAUCCCAUGCAGAUGACGCCAUUUACCCAUCAGCUACCACUGGAAAACUUAAUAGCAACUCGAGCAAAUCUGUUUCUUUAAAGCACUUUGCAAACUUCAUAUCUGUCGGGAGGUUCGUGUGGCGGCGGAGGGGCAGCGGCGUUGCAAGCGUUUGCAAGGGGAAGGGCCACUUGUGAAUGAGACCAAGCGCCUGAUUUCCUUCUGCAAAGUUCCAACAUUGACAUUUUUUUUCCAUAGCUGCGUGUGUGCGCGCGUCCGCCCUCGUGUCUGUUUCUUGCUGGCUUCAUUCAGAAAAAGAGGAAGAAUUUUUUUUCAACACUCACUCCCAACAACUCCUGCAACAACUCCCACCCCUCCCCAAAAAAAAUCUAGACCCGGACGACUGGCUAUCGAUCAGCUGCUGUUGUGAUCGUCGAUCGCACAGACUCCUGUGCCUUGUACUCUCUUGCCCCACUCCCUCCCCAGUCACCAACCUUCCUCACCCCCUCCACCCCCAACCCAUUCUCGUCUCCGCUGGAUGCUUUUAACAGAUAGCCCCGGCUGAUCUCCGCCACAAUUUGGAUCCGCAACCGAUUUCUUUUUUUGUGCGUGUGGAGCUUUCGGCUCUGAGCUGUACACAUACAGCGAGAGAGGAGAGAGAGACCGAGCAGCGCUGCGGCCACGGUGAGUUUAAAAAGGACUUCAGAUGUGUUCUAAGCCUGCUGGAGUGAUCACUCUUCAUUGUACGGAUGGAUACGCGAACUCAAAAUGGCAGUGGUUCCCCAGCCCUGCUACAGUUGCUGCGUGACAGCGGAAGGCAACACAUGGAACCUGACCCCAGGGGUGUACAGGCGCAGCAGGUUCAGGUGUUGUCACUUGAUCAGAUCCGAAUUAUAAGAGCCACUAAUGAGUACACGGAGGGACCAAGUGUUGCCCCGAGGCCAGGGAGCAUGUCUGUGUACCGACCAUCUUCUCAACAUAAAAAUGAAAGGAUGUCUGGAUUAAAUAACAACCAAGACCAUCAGCGGCUUAACAGCCGUAGUCAACACCACCAUGUGCAUUCUUCAUUGAGGGCGCCUUUAAUUCGUUCAACAAGCACUGUGAGUACAGGUUCUCGGAGUAGCACAAGGACAAGUACAAGUAGUACAUCGUCUGACCAGCGGCUUUUGGGACCUUCCUCAUCACCAACUAGCCAUGCCCCUGAUCGGAUAAUUAGGGUGCAACCUAAACCGGAAUUUAAAUCUGAUGAACUGAAACCUCAAGGGAAAGAAGAAUUGGGCAAGCACAUCUACCGAUGUGAAGACUGUGGGAAAUGUAAGUGUGAGGAAUGCACUUAUCCAAGGACUCUACCUUCCUGCUGGUUCUGCGAGAAGCGGUGUCUCUGCUCGGCACAGAAUGUGGUGGAGUAUGGGACCUGCGUCUGCUUUGUAAAGUGUGUCUUUUACCACUGCUCAAACUAUGACGAAGAAGACAGCUGUGCAGAUAAUCCGUGCUCCUGCAGUCAGUCACAUUGCUGUGCCCGGUGGUCAGCCAUGGGCCUUAUGUCUCUCUUAAUGCCCUGCCUGUGGUGUUACCUGCCUGCCAAGGGCUGCCUUAAGUUGUGCCAGGGGUGCUACGAUAAGGUUAACCGUCCUGGGUGCCGUUGCAAAAAUUCAAACACUGUUUGUUGCAAGGUUCCUAGCUUACCUCCUCGGAAUCUUGAGAAGCCCUCCUAGCCGCAAAGGAGAGGGUACUAUUUCUGAGCUACCCUUUCAUACUUUCCUUCUGUCCUUUGGUAGUCUUGAGUGGAAGAAAGCAUUUACAGUACUAGCAUUGAGCACAAUGCUGGAUACCUUUUUUAUCUGAAUGCCUUAAAAGGAGUAAACCACAUAAUCUACAGCCAUUAAGAUGACCCUUGUUUGUUAAAAGAAAAAAGGUAUCUCCCAUUGUUCUUGUGCUCAUGUUCUAGUUGACCAGCUCAACAUGCCUUAUAUAUUCUGUGUGUAGUAAUAGCACUGCAAUUUUCUGGUAUUUAUGGGGACUUUUAUGGUUUACAGUGAUACCACUGUUGACCAUUUACUCCAUCUCGCUUAACCGACACGGACGAGGAUAAAAAUAAUCCAAUCAGCUAGAUCAAGCAGGAUGAUGCACAAUAUGCAUUGUAUUUGAGGCAACAUAAGCUAAAGCUAAAGGUAAUGCAAUGACACUCCUGGUCUUUCUGUAUUGUAUGUGAAUACUUCUUGCAGAAUAUGUAAAUUGGCAAAUUGCUCCUUUUUGCUGCCAGAGUUAAUUUGUUAUAUUUUUGUAUAUACAAUAAUAUUAAGACUGUGAAAAUUGUGCCAUAUAAAUGGCAGAUUUACAAAAUAUUAUACUAAUAUGUUGUACAUUCAGCCAAAUGUGAAUCAGUCGAUCAUUACGUUUAGGCUAUGCUUCACCUUACAAAAUUCACCAUUAUGUCACUCUUGAUAUCCCUGACAUCAUGUAUAUUGUACAGUUACCAUAAAUUCGGUCUUUAUUUUCUAAUUUUUCAACAUAUUGUUUAGUGUAAAGAAUAUUUAUUUGAAGUUUUAUUAUUUUAUAAAAUAUUUAUUUUAAAAGGCAUCUUACAAAUUCACCCAUUAAAAAAAAAACGAUGGGAACAUCAUGGUUACUGAAAAUGAGGGUGAUGCAAAUCAGAUGCAUAUGUUCACUAUAAAAUAGAAAAUAUAUUAACGUUUUGAAAUCAAACUGUGUACUAUUUUGUCCUUUCUGUUCUUUUCACUCCCGUUUACAAGAGGAACAUGUAGGUAAACCUCUUUGGUUUAAACCAGUAUCCGCAGUUCCUUUCUGUACAUGUUGCUAAACAUGUUGGUUGAAUCCAUUCGCCAAUCAUCAGUCAGAUAAGUGGUGUAAUCUCUUGGUUAUCAAGCAUACUUUCACAUUUGACAACCAUUGGGGGAAAAGGCUUUUUAAGUGUUUCCUUAUAUACUUUCUAUAUCAUAUAUGUGCCCCCUUCGUGUUAGGGCUUGGUUAUUUGAAAUACGGUAUACAGUUUUAUAAAACACCUUCACAUCCGUUCGUUGCUAUGGUGCUGGAGGCUUUGUGGCAAACUUAGUGAAUCCUGCAAGAUAGAUAAUACAUAUUAAGAGCAAUAUUGUAGGAAACUCGUGGUACUGACACUGUAAACCCCAACGUCGAGUUUUGCCUUUUGCUUUCCGACCCACCUUUUCCCAAACACCUACUUUUAAUAUUCACAUCAUUUUUUGUGAUUCUUAGUGCAAAGGUUAUAAAAGCAGCAGCAACCUUGUCAAUAUCUUAUCAAGUGACUAUUAUUAGUGAGGCAAGGAACAGGAAGUUUCAGUGACUUCCUAUGACUAUGGUGGCACAUUAGACGUAACCAAAACUAGUCCACAGGGUGAAGUGUCCUUUACAGCUGGAGCUGGAGUCUGUGUAAAAUACUUGAAUUGACCAUUUUUUCUUAUGAUCUGUAGAUCAGAGACCCUGGGCCUCAGUGCUGCCUUAAUGGAAUCAAGAAUCAGACCCUGGUCUAUUCAACUGGGCGUUACUGUGUGGCAAUAGUUGAUUCAAUUAUGAGAGAGGAAAAAAAUAUUUUACUUUUACAUAUAGUUGUGGCUAUAUAUCUUUUGCAUGAAAUGUUUCAACAUCACCCAAGUUUAAAUGCUUCAUUAUUCCAAUCAUUUUGUUUGAAAUU